AUGGAAACUUCGUUGUGUCAUGAUCUUUUCAUAGAAGAAUUGAAAAAUUUGUACAAGGAAAUAGAUCAUUUGUCAAGAUACAAAAUUGAGAAAAUUGAAAUAGUCAAUUCAAUAUAUGAUUCAUUUUCUAUCGAACAUAGGGAAGAUAUCAGAAAGGCUAUCAUAAAUGCAAACAUUCGUCUACUUAAUAAAAAUGAAAAUUAUUUAUUUGAAUUAGAGAUAUAUACUCUGGGCGAAGAAGAAGAUUGUACCAAUUUUGCUUCACAAUUCUUAUUCAAAGGAGAUUUUUCUAACUGA